AUGUGCAACGUUUGCAUCCCGCUCGAGCUGCAGUGGGACAGGCUGGUGAGCAUCGGGCACUAUUGGAUUGGGGACGCGAUUCUAAUGCGGCCUAGGGGGGCAUUUCUUUGCGCCAAUCCGCAUCCACAACAGCCCCCGCGCAUACAGUGUGCCUCUAUGCCGUUCGCCGCCACGCUCGACGGUAGAAGCUGGGCCGUCUUCGCCCUGGGCGCCGCCCUUGGGGCGGGACUCGCCGCCGCGCUGAUCCGUAGACCCCUCCGGGGCCCGGCAGCCUGGAUUGGCGGCAUGUAUCCCUGGGCGUCGCCAAUCUGCGCUGCGGGAAGCCACGGCAGCCGCGACGGGGAUGGGCAUCGACUGGACGGCGACUUUGUGGACGAUGAGAUCCUGUCGGAGCAGCUGACGCGGAACUGCCAGUUCUUCGGGGAGGACGCGCAGCGGCGGGUGGCGGCGUCUUUUGUGGUGGUCGUCGGCCUGGGGGGAGUGGGGAGCCAUGCUGCACAUCUUUUGCUCCGCUCUGGGGUUGGCCACCUGAGGCUGGUUGACUUUGACCUUGUCUCACUGUCCACCCUCAAUCGACAUGCUGUGGCUACCAGGGAAGAUGUUGGGACCCCCAAGGCUACGUGCCUCAAGAAACACUUUGAGCAAAUUUUGCCUGAGGCAAAAGUUGAGGCACAGGUGGUUAUGUACACAGACGAGAGCGAAGGGUCCAUUUUGACAGGAAAUCCAGACUUUGUGAUCGACGCGAUCGACAAUAUAGACACAAAGGUGUCGCUCCUGGCGGCCUGCGUGUCCCGAGGCUUGAAGGUCUUGUGCGUGGGUGGAGCUGGUGCCAAAGCCGAUCCCACGCGGCUGCGCUUUGCCGACAUCAGCGAGUCGAGUGUGGACCCCUUGGCCCGAGCCGUAAGACACAGGUUAAAAAAGAACCACGGAAUUGAGCGCGGUGUUCCUGUUCUACUCUCCACCGAAAAACCGCAGUGCGCACUUGUGUCUCUUGGUGCCAUCGAAUCUGGCAACCCGUUGGACUACCAGAUUGUCCCCGGCUUUAGAGUGCGCACCAUUCCGGUACUGGGGACAUCCCCCGCGCUCUUCGGGAUGGCUUCAGCGAGCUACGUCAUCUGCUCCCUGGCCGGAAGGCCGUUCCAGGGCGAGCCUGUGUUUCAGAUGCAGAUGGCUCAGUACGACACGCAGUUGGCAAGAUUGGAGGAGAGGGAGGAGGCGAGGGGUGUGACGCAGUCGGAGAUGCAGGUGGACGUAAACGACGUGGCCGUUUUGGUGCGGGACGUAUGGCGAGGGGUGAGCGCUGCACAUUUGGGGCGACCGGGCUGCGGCAAAGACAAGGGCCUCAACCGGAACACCAGCCACCUCGUCCUGACGCGAUGGGACUCCAAACGACCUGCCACCGCCGACAACCUGGUGCUGCUGGAGUUCGACGAGGCCGACGCCCAUGACCAGACCGAUCUCCGCGAUCUGCGGCAAAGGGAUCCUGAUUUUGUGUCGCAUGUCGAAGGCGUCCUGGCCUCGUGCAGGCGGAUGUUCGGCUUGUAG